AUGGCGGCUUCGUCUCUCAAAAUUGAAGGAUUGCUAGGCAUGGUUACUCUGCGUCUGAAAGAUGAUAAUUUCUUGAAAUGGCGGUAUCAGAUUGAAUCUGUCCUGGAAGAGGUUACUGCGGCAUAUAAGGAGUGGCUUCGGGCUGAUAAAGCUUUAUUGAGCUUUCUGAUUGCAACACUCUCGGACGACGCGAUUGAAUAUGUUAUUGGCAGUAAAACGGCUCGUGAUGCUUGGUUGAGCCUCUCCGAUCACUAUGCCACGGUGUCUCGUGCUCUGAUCAGUCAUCUCAAGACUGAGUUGCAGACGGCUCAAAAAGGUGGUGAUUCCAUCGACAAAUUUCUCCUGUGUCUCAAACGUAUCAAGGAUCAGUUGUCUGUUGCUGGCAUUUCGAUUUCGGAUGAUGAUCUCAUGAUCGCAGCUCUCAAUGGAUUACCUUCCGAGUACGAUAUGAUCAAGACAGUUCUCAUUGCUCGAGAUACGUCCAUUUCGUUCAAAGAUUUUCGAACUCAGCUUUUAGCUGCUGAACAAUCUGCCGAGUCGCGCCUUUCAGCUCUUCAUACUCCUAUGGUGGCCAUGAUUGGGCAUACUUCUUCUGGCUCUCUCAAUACCGGUGCUGGUAUACUUCCUACUCCUUCUACUGUUCUUGUAUCUCCUUCUGGUUUUCAUGCCAAUGCUAGGCCCUCUGGUUCUAUGUCUACUUCUUUCGGUAGAGGACGAUUUUCUGGUAAUCGCUCUUUUCCUCCUCGUGGAGAUUUUCAAGGCUACAGACCGUCUCAUGGUGGCGGCUUUCAAGGCUUCAGGCCUUCUCCUGGUGGCUUUCCAAAGUUUGGUGUUGUGCCCGAAUGCCAAAUUUGCAACAAGCGUGGACACACUGCUGUCAACUGCUACCAUAGGAAUGUUUCUCCUCAGCACUCAGCCUCAUAA